AUGUCCGGCAGCAGCGUCAGAGGAACAUCAGAUACAACCGGCUCCAUCCGUCCUCAGUAGGACGUCAAGAAGAUCGUAAGGAUGCUCGCACCGCUGCUGCCGGACAGCGGAUUGGAGCCGUGGAAAAUUAGUAAGGAGGACCAGGUCCUCAUGACACUGCGCUAUCUGGCCACCAACAGUCAUCAAACAGUUAUAGGUGACUGUUUUGGGGUGUGCCAGAAGGCAGUGAGCGACGUCAUCACCAGGGUAGUGGAUGCGCUCAACCAUCCUACAUUAGAAGCCCGCUUCCUGCGCUUCUGGCCAUCGGAUGAGGCCUGGUGCCUGCGAAGAUCUCGAGAAUUUGCCAGAAUCUCGAGAUUCACGAAUGUCAUUGGAUGUGUCGAUGGUUGCCUCAUCCGAAUCCAGCGGCCCGUCGACUUUGGCAACCACUACUACUGCCGAAAGGCAUGUUGCGCAAUCAAUAUGAUUGCGGUAGUGGAUGCCAGAGCCCGCUUCAUGUACAUCAACUGCGGGCUGCCGCCGAGUUCGAGGAAGCCCGCGCUCGCCCAGGAUAUCGACUCCUGGGAGACGCGGGCUUUGCCAACUCCAGGAGCGUCAUGGCCCCCUACCGGGAGCGGGCCACAGAGAAUGACGCCAGGAAGAGACGAUUCAACCGGGAGCACGCCAAAGCUCGACGAGUCGUCGAGCAGGCAUUCGGAGCGCUGA